UAGCAAGACAACUACGGUGAGACGAGAAAUAAGCAAAAGAAGUAAUUUGGACUGCAGCUACUGUAUAGGAAAUUGCAUUUAUAAGGCUGCAAGGGUGGAGGGUCAUUGAGCCUCUUCUCCUUAUCCCUCGUCAUUUAUUACACAUUUUAUGAUUGGGCGAUUGAGUCUUUGCAAUAAUGGGAAGAAGCUACUUCGUGGAGGAAGCUGUUGGACAAUAUUUAUCAGACUUGAGUGCUAAAUCAAAAGGUCUUAUUACUGGUCUUUUAGUAGGGCAGUGUACCCAGCAAAGAGACUAUGUUUUGCUGGCUAUUCGAACACCUAUAAAAGAGGAGGAAAGCAACAGCAGUGCAAACCACCAUUCCGACUUGUCUAAUAUUGAUGAACAAUGGACAGCAGCACAUGCCAGACAAGUAUCAAGAAUGCUUCCUGGAGGACUGUUAGUUCUUGGUGUUUUUAUCAUUUCAGUACCAGAGCUGGGAAAAGAAAUCCAAAAUACCCUGCGGAAGCUUCUUUUUUCAGUUGAAAAGUUUGUAGCUAGAAAGAGAUUGUGGAACAUCUCAGAAGAAGAUGUAUCAGACAGAGUGGUGCUCCAUCUUUGUUCUACUACAAAGAAAAUACUUUGUCGUACCUACGAUGUGCAAGAUCCAAAGAGUACAGCUAAGCCAGCAGACUGGAAAUACCAGAAUGCUCUUACUGCUUCUUGGCUAUCUUUAGAAUGCACAGUUAAUGUUAAUAUACAUAUUCCUCUCCCUGCUACGCUGGCCAGCCACAACCUAGAAAAAAAUACAAGGAAUGGAUUAGGACGUUGGGCCCAACAGAUAGAGGAGGCUGUCUUUUUGAUAAAUGGUCAGGUUAAAGAGGAAGAUGCUGACUUACUGGAAGGGCAGAAAAAAUCAAGAGGAUAUAUGCCACCAGCUACUAGGAGUCUUGAUGUUAGGGUUUUAACACAGUUGAUGCAAAAUACAAUCUCCAGAUCUACAGCUACAGUCCAGAUCUGCAGUGGUUCCAUAAAUCUUAAAGGAGCUUUAAAAUGUAAAGCUUACAUCCAUAAUAACAAGCCUAAAGUUAAAGAUGCUGUUCAGGCCUUGAAGAGAGAUAUAAUAAACACUCUCUCUGAUCGUUGUGAAAUAUUGUUUGAAGAUCUGCUUGCCAAUGAAAUGCCAGGAAAGAAAAAUUCUGAAAGGGAAUAUCACAUCUUGCCUUGUAGAGUUUUCACUCCCAUUGUGGGAUCCAGUGUGUUGCUUUGUGAUUAUAAGUUUGGUGAUGAGACAGUCAGGGAAAUUCAAGAGCAUUUUCUUGAAAUGCUGGAUCAAGCUGUUCAAUCAGAUGAUUUCCAUAUUGCUGAGGAAAUGAAUACAGUUGAAGUAAACCUUUCAAAGGAAUUACAAGAUAACAUGCAACCAAAGCAGGUGACAAAAGAAACACUCCUGUUGAAACUACAUCAAAAUAUGGGAAUGGUGGUAGCAGUGGCAGUUGCCAUAUCUGCAGUAGCUUUCUCCUUUAACUACUUCAGUGAUUAAGCUUCAGAAACCAAGAACAAACCUCAAAAGUCAUGCCAUAACAAAUGUACUCCAAGGAUGCAAGCUUCUUGAACUGAAUACAUUAAGAUAAUAUGUCAUCAUCUAACAAUAGCAAUAUGUGGCUCUAAAAAGAAAUUAUCUGUCAUUCUCUUUCUCCAUGAAAGUAACGUAGAUGGUAUACUUUGGGGGAAAAGUGGGAGGACCCACACCAUCAACUGGCACAUAUAAGAGAUUAAUUUAGCUUUCUCCUUACUUAAUAAAUUUUUUAAAAACCCUA